AAAUAACCUGGAAAAGAUGUGGAGGAGCCUGUGCAAACCUUACACGUCCCUGGCUCUGCUUGGACUCUGCUUUGCAAUGGUCGUCAGAUCUCUGCCUUUCUCUGAUGCAGGGCCACAUGUGAACUAUGGCUGGGGGGAACCUAUUAGACUAAGGCACCUAUACACAGCCAGCAAACAUGGUCUGUUCAGUUACUUCCUCAGGAUCAACAAUGAUGGCAAAGUGGAUGGCACCGGCAUUCAGAGUCCCCACAGUCUGCUGGAAAUCAGGGCUGUAGCAGUUCGCACGGUGGCGAUCAAGGGCGUCCACAGUUCCCGGUACCUCUGCAUGGAAGAAGACGGGAAGCUGCAUGGACUUCUCAGGUAUGCUGCAGAAGAUUGCUCCUUUGAAGAGGAGAUACGCCCAGAUGGCUACAAUGUAUAUAAAUCAAAGAAAUAUGGAGUCUCUGUGUCUUUAAGUAGUGCCAAACAAAGACAACAAUUCAAAGGGAAAGACUUUCUUCCAUUGUCUCACUUCUUACCUAUGAUCAACACUGUGCCUGUGGAGUCAAUGGAUUUUGUGGAAUAUGGUGAUUAUAGUCAUACUUUUGAAUCAGAUCUGUUCUCUUCACCUCUUGAAACUGACAGCAUGGACCCCUUUGGAAUCACCUCUAAAAUAUCUCCAGUGAAGAGCCCCAGCUUUCAGAAAUAACUAAUGGUCCUGACUUGAAAUAUGGUUUUAAAGAAACAAUACCAGAACCAGGUUGUUAUUUAGC